GGUCUCCCUGAGCUGUGUCUCCACAUCCCCAAAAGCCCUGUAUUCUUCUACCACCACCACCCUGCCCUCUGGCCCCACCAGGAGAAUAAAAAGAUGGCCUACGAAAAAUCAGUCGAUUUCUUUGAAAUCGCCAGGUCAAUGUUCGAGUACCCAUGGCUGGAAUAUCCAAACAGGACCAAAGAACUCAAAAAGGCCUCAGUACCUGUUUACCUCCCUUUGUCCUGCCACCAGACACCAAAGGAAGAGUUCCCCCCAAGUCCAGAGUGCUGGAGGCAGCACCCAGCCAAGCCAAACGCGGCACCAUACUGCUACUUCGAGAAGCCUGAGCUGUACACACACUGGCACACCCUGUAUGAUCAUCAGCAGGAACGGAUGGCCCAGAAGAUGUUGCAGAAAAUGAGAGAUCAACCUAGAUACCACUUCAAAGAGGGAAGUGCCAUCCAAAAAGUCCAUCUCCCCAUGAUCAAGUUGACUACAAAAUAUCCGAAGGAACCCAAGACUUUACACCCUAUGGAGGACCCCUUAAAGUGGCAAAGAUUAAAGGAACUCACAAAAAGCCUGAAAUCUCCCAGAGAGGAUGAGCAAUACUAUGCAGCACAGGCUCUGGGGUGUCUGGGCAUCAGUGACGAGUCUAUCAUAGAGGCACUAUUGCAGGUGGUCGAAACUGGUCCAGAGAGAGUGAAGUAUGAGGCCUAUAGAACCCUGGCCAUCCUGGGUUGCCUGAAUAAGGAUGUGAUCCAGGCUCUCAUCAAGCAGUUGAAGGAGCCAAAUGAGGAGCAAAGGAUGGAUACUCUGAGGGGACUACGAGUAGCUCUGAACUUCUGGGCUGCUAUCCCCAAAGACAAGAGGACUCAAAUCGGGGAUGAAGGGAUGCUGGCAUCUGUGCUGCAGAUGCUGAUGCUGAAGUCACCGAAUGAAGCAGCCUUGGAGGCAGCCCUGUGUUUGGGUUUCCUGAGACCCUGCAGCAACACAGCCCGAGACUUCUUGCUGCAGUGCCUAUGCCACGGGUCCAUGUCCCAGAGGAUGAAGACACUUAGGAUGCUGGUCAAGAUUAUGCGUGUACACUCAGCCGAGGUCAUCAGGGCCGUCCUAGACCAGCUGUGCUCUUCUUGUGUCCUUGAGCACCGCUUUGAGGCCACCCAGAUGCUCAAGACCAUCGGGCUGGAACAGAUCCAGGCACAGGAACUGGAGGGACUCACAUUUGAGCUACUCAGGAGGAAGAUAUUCAAUGAACCCUUCCUCGCUAUGAGGCAGGCUGUGGCAGAAACUGUGGAAGAGCUCAAGAUGAAGCCCAUGAUGAUGAACUUGGUGGAGGAGCAACUAAUGAACCCACAAGCCGCUUCACGCCAGGAAGCAGUCAUCUCUUUGGGCGUCCUGGGGAUCCGCAGCCCACAAGUGUUCCACUUGCUCCUGGACAUGCUAGAUACAGAAAACAGCCAGUCUGUAAAGAAGAGUCUACAAGAAACACUCACUAUUUUGGCCUCAAUUGAUCCCUGGAUCGAACACAAGCUGAAAAACAAGGUUCUCUUUGUAUCUGAGUCACCUCCGACCAAGGAGAAGGCAGAGCCUACAAGGUUCAGAAAAGAGAAUGAGAAGCUAGAAGAGUUAAAUAUCCGAGACUUUCGACUUGCACGGCUGAGCCCCUUGUUUGUUGCAAAGUCCAGUGCCUCAUCAGACCAACAGGAGAAGUUGAGGGCCCAGAAAAGGUUUACCCGUUACCUCACCUCUGCCUUCACCUCCUGUUCCCCUAAACCACUAAAACCAAAGUCACAGGCCACAGGGCCUUGGACACCAAAAAUCAGGAAACAGCUUUAGAUCCUUGCCAAAACCUCCAAAUAGGUCCGUUCUUUGGGCCUAGCCCUCACUUCCAUGAAGAUGCUUCUCAGGCUCCCCUGAGAAAAUGUCUAUACUUACCCUCGAUGAAUAAAUG